UACAGCUUCUGUCCUCUCACGGUGCUGCGGGAACUACAUCAAAAAACAAGGGCUAUAUUAUUCAUACAACAACAUCAAUUACAGGCAAUGGAGCUCUUCGAGAAAGCGCUCUCUCUGAACCUGUGCGUUUUUUCCUGGCUCGUCUGGACUUCAGCAAGUGCGUUUAACCUGGACACGCAAAACGUCCUGAGGAAGAGCGGUCAGCCCGGCAGCCUUUUCGGGUUCUCCAUCGCCCUGCACCGCCAGCUCCAGCCUCACGACAAAACAAUAUUGUUGAUUGGCGCUCCCAAAGCCAGGGCUUUAUCCAAUCAGGGAGCAAACGUCACGGGUGGGCUGUACAGCUGUGACAUCACCACCCAUCCUAACGACUGUAGCCGAGUGGACUUCGACAACGAUGUUGAUGUUCGAGUGGAGAAUAAGGAGAACCAAUGGAUGGGUGUAACUGUUCAGAGUCAAGGACCCGGAGGCAAGAUUGUGACAUGCGCCCAUCGCUACCAGCGUCUGCUGUUUCCAAACACCCCUCAAGAGGCGCGCGACAUCACAGGACGCUGCUAUAUGCUCAGUCAGGACCUGAGCAUUGACAGCCAGUCUGAUGAGGAUGGUGGGAACUGGAAGUUUUGUGAUGGCCGCACCAGGGGUCACGAGCGUUUCGGGGCCUGUCAGCAGGGCUUGGCGGCCACCUUCACCAAAGACUACCAUUAUGUUAUCUUCGGAGCACCAGGGGCGUACAACUGGAAAGGUAUAGUGCGUGUGGAGCAGAAGAACAACACUCUGCUGGAAAUGGGAUUGUUUGAUGACGGCCCUUAUGAGGUCGGGGAUGAAAACCGCCUGGAUCCAAAUCUAGUGCCAGUACCGGCCAACAGCUACUUAGGAUUUUCCCUGGAUUCCGGCCACAGCAUCACAGAGAAAGGCAAACUCAUUAUAGUGUCAGGAGCGCCGAGAGCCAAUCACAGCGGUGCAGUGGUGUUUCUGCGCAAGGAAGGCGAGCUGUCCACCAUGCUCACACCUGAGCACAUUCUGGAAGGACCAGGACUGGCGUCUUCAUUUGGAUAUGAUGUAGCUGUGGUGGACCUCAAUGGAGAUGGUUGGCAGGACGUUGUGGUCGGUGCGCCUCAGUUCUUCCAGAGGGACGAGGAAGUUGGUGGAGCUGUGUAUGUUUAUAUCAACAAGGCCGGACGGUGGCGGGACGUCACUCCUGUUCGCCUCAAUGGAACCAAAGACUCCAUGUUCGGACUGGCUGUGGAGAACAUUGGAGACGUCAAUCUGGAUUCAUUUGAAGAUAUUGCAGUAGGCGCUCCAUAUGCAGACUCAGGGUUUGGCAGCGUGUACAUCUACCACGGAUCUGCUGACGGCAUCAGUACCAAACCGGCUCAGAUACUGGAAGGCAAACAACACAACACUAAGAUGUUUGGCUAUUCACUUGCUGGAAAUAUGGACCUGGAUCACAACUCGUACCCUGAUCUGGCCGUGGGGUCACUUUCUGACACAGUUUUUAUAUACAGGUCCAAAAAUGUCAUCAGCAUCAAGAAAGACAUCAAGGUGACACCGAAGGAAAUUGACUUGACAAAGAAAACUUGCGGCAACAGUAUUUGCUUGACAGUGGAAGCGUGUUUCUCCUAUAGAGCAAACCCCUCAACCUACAACCCCAAAAUCACUAUUUCCUGCACAUUUGAGGCCGAAUGGUACCGCAGGAAGCUGGGCCUGCCGUCUAGAGUUGCGUUUCUGGACAAAACCGAGAUGGAUCAGGACUUCCAGUCGACCGGCACUCUGGAGCUGCGAGGACAGAACAAGAAAGCUUGUUUUAAAACCAAACUCAGAUUACAAGACGGCAUCAGGGACAAACUCAGAGCGAUUCCCAUCGAGGUGUCUGUGGCCAUUCAGAGCGCUAAGAGAGGCAAACGCCAGAGCUCUCUGCCACAGCUAGUGCCAAUACUGGACUCCACAGUGCCCAACAAGACUCUCACUGAGGUGAACUUCCUGAAGGAAGGCUGUGGGACGGACAACAUCUGUCAGAGCAACUUAAAUCUGCAGUACAGGUUCUGCUACAGGGAGUCCAAGCAGGACGUCUUUCCUCCUCUGCCUCUGGAGAACGGUGUGCCAGUGAUUUCUCUGAGCGAUCAGAAGGACAUUGCUCUGGAGGUCACGGUGAGGAACAGGAAUGGAGAUGACGCUCACGAAGCCAAACUCGUCGGCCAUUUUGAUGAUUCUCUCUCGUACUCUGGAUUCAGAUCUCUAAGAACUAACGACAAACAUGUGAUCUGUGCAGCCAAUCAGAAUGGUUCCCUGGCAGACUGUGAGCUAGGAAACCCUUUCAAACGGGAUUCAGAGGUAACAUUCUACAUCAUACUGAGCACAGGCAAGAUCUCACUCGAGACCAAAGAGGUUGAGAUCGAUCUUCAGCUGGAAACAACGAGUUCGCAGGAGGGUCUGAGCAAAGUGAAGGCCAAAGCCAAAGUGGUGAUUGAACUUCUUCUGUCUGUACAAGGGGUUGCCAAGCCCUCUCAGGUCUAUUUUGGAGGUGAAGUGAAAGGCAUGAGCGCUAUGAAGAAGGAGGAGGAAGUCGGCAGCUUGAUUGAAUAUGAAUUCAGAGUGAUUAAUUUAGGAAAGCCUCUGAAGUCUUUUGGAACCGCUUCGCUGAACAUCCAGUGGCCCAAAGAAAGCUCUGUGGGGAAAUGGCUGCUGUAUCUGAUGAAGAUCAACACCAGAGACCUGCAGUUAGUGACGUGUUCACCUGAGAGAGAGAUUAACCCUCUUAAACUCAGAGAGGAUUCGUCAAUCAGGAAAAAGAGGGAGCUGGAGGAGAGAAGACCUUCUGAGGGGAAUAAAAUAUCCCUCUUCACCGACAAACGCAAGCAUAAGAUCCUGUCUUGCAGUGGGGACGCCAGAUGUGUGGAGAUUAAGUGCCCUCUACAGGGCCUGGACAGUACUGCGGUCAUCGUCCUGAAAUCCCGCCUGUGGAACUCCACUUUCCUUGAGGAUUUUGCAUCCUACAAUUACCUUGAUAUAAUAGUGAAAGCCUCCAUAAGUCUGGAUGUUUCAGCCAAGAAUAUCGUCCUGAAAAAUCCUGAAACUCAGGUGAGGGUGACGGUGUUCCCGGAGACGACGGCGACUCCGUUUGGAGGGGUGCCGUGGUGGAUCAUUCUAGUGGCUGUGUUAGCUGGAAUCCUGAUGCUGGCUCUCUUAGUUCUGCUACUCUGGAAGUGUGGGUUUUUCAAACGCUCCAAAUACGAGGACAGUGUUCCCAAAUAUCACGCGGUGAGGAUUCGUAAGGAGACGCGCCUCUUGAAGGACGGGAAGGUCAUGUUGGACCCCUUUGAGAAGAAGCAGUGGAUGACCACGUGGGAUGAGAACGAGAGCUACUCAUGAGACUGUCCAACGCUAUCUCGCGCCAAUUCGUAACUUUGAUUUAGUGGCUAAUUCUUAUUAAUUCGUACGAAAAAUGUCAUUCAUACAUUUUAGUAUGAUUUACUCAGUGAUGGUUGGGUUUAGGGGCGGGGUUUGGUGCCACGCCUCCUUUUAAAAAUCGUACAUUGAUGUACGACUGAACUCAUGAUAUCAUAUGAAUUAGCCACUAAACUAACAAAACGUAAAAUAUUUACGUUUCCUCGUGAGAUCAGGCUGGACUGUCUGCAUCUGCAGCGGACAGUUUGGACAUCUGUAGUUUUAAACGUUUCAGAGGAUUCAACCUGAUGUUAAACAAGUCAAAUGUGGGACUCAAGAUGCCUUUACACCUCCAUGUGUUUCUAGAUGGGUAAGGACUGACUGGUAACCUCUGGAUAUUUUUGGACAUUACGUUUCGCACCCCUUUAAAAGCGUUUGUAUAUUUUUAGAGGACGCAUGAGAUUUGCCAGGACUAUUUUGUCUUGAUUGUAAAUAUUUUACUGUGCAGUUUAUUUAUUUGUAUUUUUUGUUUCAAAUGUAAUUUUGUACGAAGACGUCUACUGUGCAUGAACUGCCCAAAGAUUAUUUUUCAUGUCUUUUUUUUAGUAGCCGUAAAAUCAGAUUUCAUGUUUUGAGGUCAGCUGAAACUCUGGAAGAAAAGAAGAAAAUAAACAAG